AUGUUUGGCUAUAAUCUUACUUAUUAUAGAUUGGCUAUAAUAAGUAUGCUUUUGUUGGAGAGUGGUGAAGAUAAUGUUUCCCUCAUCGCUGUUGUCAGCAUAGGAGGAUUGGGCAAAACAAUGCUUGCUAAAAGCGUUUUUAAUGAUGAGCAAGUCCAAAAACAUUUUCAGUUAAAGAUGUGGGUGUGUGUCUCUGAUGAUUUUGACUUGAAACAAAUUGUUGCAAAGAUCAUUAAGGCCGCCCCAAAUGAUAAGAACUUGGAAAAUCUGGAAAUGGAACAAUUGCAAAAGAGUCUUCGAGAAGUACUCGGUGGUAAGCGAUAUUUCCUUGUACUUGAUGAUGUAUGGGAGGAAAAUCGUGCUAAGUGGUUGGAAUUAGAAGAAUUGAUUAUAGAUAGUGCAAAAGGAAGUAGAGUUUUGGUUACAACUCGAAGUAAAAGGAUUGCUGAUUGUACUGCUAGCAAAGACCAGUCACAUGCAUUGGGAAUACUUAACGAAGAUCAAUCUUGGACUUUGUUUAAAAGGGUGGCUUUUAAAAGCGGACAAGAACCGGAAAACUCUAAUCUUGUGAAGAUCGGAAAGGAGAUUGUUGGAAGGUGCAAAGGGAUCCCACUAGCAAUAAGAACAAUAGGAAAUUUGUUGUAUGGUGAAAAUUUAGAGUCAAAGUGGUUAACCUUGAAUAAGGAAUUUUCAGAAAUACGACAGGCAAGUGAAGGGGUAUUAUGCCCACCCUUAGAUUGA